CUGCCCCAAAAAGGUGAAAGCUUGGGAGAGAAGAACAGAGAGCCAGUAAAAAAAACAAAAACAAAAACAGAGGACCGCACAAGAGAGCAUAUUCAAAUCUUCAAUGAAACUUUAUUAAUCAUCCUCUAGAGAGAGAAACAUAAUUUAAGAGAGAGAAACAGAGAGAGAGAGAGAGAGAGAGAGAGAGAGAGAGCAUACAUUCGGCGAAAGCGAAGCCGUUACAAAUUGACAGAAAACGACAGAAACAGAAAUAUGUUACUAUUAAGGAAGAAGACGACGUCAAAUUCACUGGCUUGUUUAUCUGCAGUUCACGGUAGACUGAAUUGAUGCGCAAUGCAGCGGUCACGUAAAGCUCUUCUGGAAAGAAGAGCUUUGGAGAAGACCAUCACCGGAAAGAGUCACUUGUAUAAGGUCUCUUUGUCUUUGGUUUUUGUUUUGUGGGGGCUCGUGUUCCUCUUCAGCUUAUGGAUUAGUCGUGGUGACGGUCAUAAAGAUUUAGAUAAAGCUGUGGUAGCUUCAAUUGGCCUAUCAACUUGGGAAGAAGCUAAGCUGCAAUGUGGAAAACAGUCGGAUUCUGUUGAUAAACAUCUAAUUGAAAAUACUGAUCCGAUUCAUUCCUCUGAGGCUCCAUACAGAAAUGGUGAUACAUCAAGCAAAUCGAGUGAAGCACAAGAUACUGAAGAAUAUAUAGAUCAUGUUCCAUCUGAAGGAAGCACAAAUGGCGGAUAUCAAGAUCAUGUCCCCGCUGAAGGAAGCAUAAAUGGCGUUUCUGUCACUGGUCAGCAACCUGAGGGGAAUAAUUCUAGUAGUGCAGGCGCGAAGCUUGAUGGUGAUGUGCGCAAAACAGACCGUCUCUCUCGCGCUGUUCCACUUGGUCUUGAUGAAUUCAAGAGUAAAACAUACAAUUCCAAAAGUAAAUCUGGCAACGGUCAGGCUGGAGGUAUAAAGCAUAGAGUGGAGCCUGGAGGCAAAGAAUACAAUUAUGCUUCAGCAUCAAAGGGAGCUAAAGUCUUGGCUUUUAACAAGGAAGCCAAGGGUGCCUCAAAUAUAUUAGGUAAAGAUGAAGACAAGUACCUUCGAAAUCCUUGUUCUGCAGAAGAAAAAUUCGUUGUCAUAGAACUUUCGGAAGAAACAUUAGUGGACUCUAUUGAGAUUGCUAAUUUUGAGCAUUAUUCUUCAAAUUUAAAAGAUUUUGAGCUGCUUGGCAGUUUAGUUUAUCCGACAGAUGAAUGGGUCAAACUUGGAGAGUUCAGAGCUAAUAAUGUCAAGCUAGCACAGAGAUUUGUUCUUUCAGAGCCCAAAUGGGUGAGAUAUCUAAAGUUGAAUCUUCUAAGCCACUAUGGUUCAGAAUUCUAUUGUACACUGAGUGUUAUUGAGGUGUAUGGAGUGGAUGCCGUUGAGCGAAUGCUUGAAGAUUUGAUAUUUGUGGAAGGUAGUGUGUCCGUGUCUGUGUCUGAGGGAGCAACUGCUGACCAGAAACCUCUUUUGUCCCAGCCGGAGACCCUUGCGGGGUAUGAUCUUGAUCAACAUAUGGAUAAAGAAACUAGUUCUCAAACUGAAAUUAUGAAGAGCAAUGUGCCUGAUCCUAUCGAAGAAGUACGUCAUCAACAAACUGGAAGGAUGCCUGGGGAUGCAGUUCUCAAAAUACUUGUGCAGAAAGUUCGCUCUUUGGAUCUAAAUUUAUCAGUUUUGGAGCGAUACCUCGAGGAACUGACUUCCAAAUACGGCAAUAUCUUUAAAGAAAUUGACAAAGAUAUAGGAGAUAAAGAUGUACUUUUAGAGAAUAUCAGAACGGACAUAAGGGAUCUCCUUGAGAGCCGCAGGAUCAUAGCUAAAGAUGUUGAUGAUCUUACUUCUUGGAAGUCCCUCGUCUCCUUCCAGAUGGAUAAUAUAGUCCGGGACAAUGCCAUUCUCAGAUACGAGGUUGAAAAGGUGCGGGAGAAGCAGAUGUCAAUAGAGAAUAAGAACAUAAUAAUAUUUAUUGUUUGUUUAAUUUUUUCAUCGUUGGCAGUUGUGAGGCUUUUUAUAGAUGUUGCGGCUAGUGUUUAUAAGGCAUUGAGUGCUGAGAGAACAAACAAUUGCCAUUCCAAUUCCUGGAAGAAAUUUUGUUGGAUUAGCUCUUCCUGGUUUUUCUUACUCUUGAGUUGUAUCCUUAUCUUCUUCAUUCUGUCAAUAUAAAUUACAUCAUUUCCA